ACUUUUCUCGCUGACGACGAGUGACGAAAGAGCUGCUGUUUGUUCGCAGAACUUGACCAACAAGAGGCACAUCAGAUCCUAAUCCUAUUUUUUUCGUUCGGUAGUGCGCGGAACAAAGAAAAGUACAUACGGUGGUGCGAAUUUCAUCCCUUCGAGAGUGUUUAUCGUGUAAAACCAACGUCGGUAGCUUCCCAACAACCAGUGCAAUUGAAAAAUACGGGCGCGUUUUGUGACGACAAAAUCCAGAAUCCAAAAAGUGAGAUAAGAAAGCUAGCAACCGAGUCUCGUGUCUGUGUACACAUUCAGUGGGAGGAAGAAACCUCGAGCUUAUUGUGCAACGUAAUUAGAAACAAAGAUUUCUAGCAGGUGAUUCCAGCAGUUGGCAGCGGCGGAAAAGAAACUUGGCAGCGAAAAUGUCCUACGCAUACCUGUUUAAAUACAUCAUCAUAGGCGACACAGGUGUCGGCAAAUCAUGCCUGUUGCUCCAGUUCACGGACAAACGGUUCCAGCCGGUGCACGAUUUGACGAUCGGCGUCGAGUUCGGUGCCCGUAUGAUCACCAUCGAUGGCAAGCAGAUAAAGCUGCAGAUCUGGGACACGGCCGGGCAGGAGGCGUUCCGUUCGAUUACCCGCUCGUACUACCGGGGUGCGGCCGGUGCCCUGCUGGUGUACGACAUCACCCGAAGGGAAACGUUCAACCACCUGACGACCUGGCUGGAGGACGCCCGGCAGCACUCGAAUUCCAACAUGGUGAUCAUGCUGAUUGGCAAUAAGAGCGAUUUGGAUUCUCGCCGUGAAGUGAAGAAGGAGGAAGGUGAAGCAUUCGCCCGAGAGCACGGUCUAGUCUUCAUGGAAACUUCCGCUCGUACGGCGGCGAAUGUGGAGGAAGCUUUCAUCAACACUGCGAAGGAGAUCUACGAAAAAAUCCAGGAGGGAGUAUUCGACAUCAAUAAUGAGGCAAACGGCAUCAAGAUUGGCCAGCAGCACUCACCAACCAAUCCAUCCCUAGGUAGUGGAAACAAUCCCGGUGGUCAGUCAAGCAGUGGUUGCUGUUAAACAGUGUAGCCAAUCCAAUACAACAACAACAACAACAACCACUGAACAUCGCCAUUUUCCACUCUUUCUGUGUCUGUUGAUGGAUCGCGAGUCCUCCCCUGAAGUUGUGCGAGCCGCUCAGGUUUGCUACUCGGUGAUUAGGUGGGAUCAUACAAACUGUGUAGAGGAGCUAGAAGAAAAAAGAACCUGGAGUUUGCUGAAGGCUGAAAUAGGAGGACGUCACACGAGAGCGAUGGACUUUGUAUAAAAAAAAAACAGCUAACUAAUUCAAAAGAUUACGAAAUCGUGUGCUCCUAGCAUUACAAACAAUACCUAUAAUAAUGAUGAUGAUGAUGAUAACAUUUUGAAAAUGCGAAGUUGCAGUCGAGGUUUGUGUAAGUGUACCAGGACGUGAUUAUGCGAAUGUUGUAAAAUACAUAAACUUGUUUUAUUUUAUUAAUUUUAAUUUUCUACCAGCACCUAUUGGAUAGUAUAGCUAUUUACAAAAGACCAACUGAUUUUUUUCUGUUAGUUUAUGUUUUGUUCCAAUCAUUUAUUUUAAGACGAUAGGCGGAGAAAGGAAACUAAAAUAACCUACAUUAUAAACCGAGAGGAAUGCAACACUUACCUUUACUGCAUGUUGAGUAACUAUCUCUACAAAGAAACAACUUUAACAACAAUACAACUACUGAAUUCUAUAGCAUAAGCAAACGUACAGAUUUUUGCAGUCUCUUUGGGUCCCCUUUAUUAGAUUAAAGCUUUUACCAAAUAGUCUUCGUUGGUUUUUAAUCAAUAAAAAAAAGUAACAAAAGAGUAAUUGAGCGUCAUAGAAUAAACUGAGCCUGGUUUUGAGACGAAUCUUAUAGCUUAAUUCGCAUCAAAUUAUCUAGAUACCCAAUACGAACACCUCUUUUUGAACCCGUAGCACUAAAGUUCCCGGUUCAAGUAUCCAUCAGGCAUGCAUUCCACGCACGUGAAAAAAAAAAUCUUCCUACGUUUGUGCUCGCAAGCGACCAAGAGUAAUUCAUCUUAUAUCGAUGUCUGUCCUUUUCUUUUGUUGUUAAAUUACUGCUUGUGGUGUGCGUUAUUGGAUAAACAAAAUUACCAUUUUCAACAACACAAUAAAAUAUCGAGCACCGAAAAAUUCACCGUGAACAGCAGCGGACAGAGACAUAACUGCGAUGUGAAUGGGGGCGCGUAUCGAAAUAGGAUCCGUAUAAUAUGAGUUGUAAUUUCAUGAAACAAAAUAAAUAGCGAAAACAAUACCUAUGACGAUUAUGUUUCAGUUUGUGAUCAAUUUAAGGUAAUCUAAAUAUAAACUAUGAAAUUAAUAUCAAUUAAUAA